AUGAGUUCGCCGACAUACGGGACGACGUCAGCGGCUGCUUCUGAAUCUUCUGCCGCUGCCGCCGCCGCCGCCGCCGCCCAAGAAGCAGCAUUCUAUGAAUACUUAGAGGAACGACAAGUUAGGAACGCAAAAAUCUUGGUAUACUACGCGGCCGGACUAAGUUCCCUUAUUGGCGUCUUCAUCAUUGCUCACUGGCUUCGUUUAAUAACUGUCAGACUCGGCUGGUCUCGUAACCCGAUAUUUCAACCAUUCAUUGCUAUAGCAAGAGUUUCUAGAAGGAUAUUUAUACAAAGCCUACCUGGCUUCACCUCCAUCGGACAUGCCGCCGUAGUGACCGCAUAUGUAGCUCUUAAUGUCCUUUUUAGUUUCUACAACGUCGAUUACAGCAUGCCUACUGAUUUAUGUGCCCGGUUUGGCUGGAUGGCAACCGGAAAUAUGGUCUUGGUAGUCUUUCUCGCGCUGAAGAACACACCUUUAGCAAUUUUUACGGCUUACUCUUAUGAACGACUCAACAUCUUACACCAAAUUGCUGGAUACACUACAUUGGUAUACACCAUCUUGCAUGGCAGUAUAUACGCGGCCUACUUUUACAACGCAGGAAGGAUUUACGUCCUCCAACUCGAUAUAGUCACUGCUGGUAUUAUCCUUGGAUUUGCCCUGCUCUUCACCGUUCUCGCUGGUAUGAUCUUAAGGCACUUUCACUAUGAGCUCUUUUAUAUUGCACACUUGGCCCUCUUUAUUGUGAUUGUUGUCACUAUGGGUCUACACCGUCCCAACUUCAACCCCGAUAAGACAUUAUACGCGACCGUAAUUAUUGGAGCGUUAUGGUUUGCCGAUCGCCUCAUUCGAUUCUGUCGACUUGUGUAUAACAGUAUCAACAACGAAGCCACUGUCUACCCUCUUUCGAAUGGUGGUACUAGAAUAGUGCUUAAGAAGCCUCUCCUACGCGCUCGGCCUGGGAAGCACUGCUACGUCUGGCUACCGCGAAUCCGCGCCUUCGAAACUCACCCUUUUACAAUUGUCGCUAGCGAGCCCAUGGAGCUCGUUAUCAACACAUAUAGCGGCUUCACCAGAGCUCUCCACGAUUACGCACUGAAGAACCCUGGAGCAAGUCUCAAGGUCUCGGUGGAAGGUCCCUACGGCACACUACCCGAUCCUAUGGAUUUUGAUAGAGUAGUAUUGGUCGCAGGCGGCUCUGGCGCGACGUUUACAUUCGGAAUGGCAGCUGAUAUGUUGGCACGAAUGUCCGAAAAUUCCAAGCAGCGGAUUGAUUUCAUCUGGGCUGUUAAAGGUCAUGAAAACCUAACAUGGUUUACGCAACAUCUUCAAAACAUUAGUAGCCAUGUUCACGCCCCGAAAGUUGCUCUUAAGCUGCAUCUUACUGAAUUUGCACCCACAUCGGCGAUUGACCGAGAUGAUUCCAUGGAACGACGUUCGACAUCGGUUGCCUCUGCAGACACAAAGCCAUCGGCUCUCGAAAGGGGCGCUGACCACUCUGCUAUCAGCGCCCCCGGUUCUUCAGCCGCUACUCGGUACGAGUCCGAUAAAGAUGAAAAGAAUAUGGAGGCAAUGCGACAUACGGAGAUCCCUUCGGCAGCUACGAGUACGACAAUGCUACCUAUUGCUCAUGGUCGGCCGGACACAGCGGCCGAGAUCAGAGCCGCAGUAGAGUCUCUAGACAAAGACCAACGAGUUUUAAUCGCUGCUUGCGGACCUAGUAGCUUGACUAAGAUAGUCCGCGACAUUGGAGCUAGUUACAUCAGGGUUGACGGACCUGCAGUUGAGGUUCACUGCGAGCAAUUUGGUUGGUGA